CCUUCCUUACACCCUCCUCGCACCGGAUAUGUCGUUGUUGCUGACCUUCCGCCCCAAGUCAGUUUGUCAUGUAGCUGCAAGCUACAUUCUUCUAAAAGUAGUAGAAAAUGCACUUAUCUCCGCUGUAAAUGGUGUUGCCAACAAGCAGGUAUUUGCCAAAGUGUAAGUUACAUAUGAAGUCAUCAAUUUUCGGGAACAAUGGUGAAGUACUUUGCCUGCGUGGGUCAUCUGAAAAGUUCCUGGGACCAAGUCUGCAUCGCUUUCUGGGAGCGAUACCCCAACCCCUACAGUAACCAUGUCCUAACGGAGGACAUCAUCUUCAGGGAAGUAACUCCCGGUAACCGUCUGGUCUCUAGGCGACUGCUGACCAAAACUAACCGCGCUCCUCGCUGGAUGGAGAAGUACCUGCCGGUUACCAUGGCCAGGCACGCCUACAUCAUCGAGGAUUCCAUCGUGGACCCCCAGAACAGAACCAUGACAACGCUGACUUGGAACAUCAGCCACGCACGAAUGAUGUCUGUGGAGGAGCGUUGUGAGUACAGAAUUAACCCUGACAACACCAGCUGGACGGAGAUUAACAGAGAGGCCUGGAUCUCGUCUAACAUCUACGGGCUCUCCAGAGCUAUACAGGAAUUCGGCCUUGCCCGGUUCAAGACCAGUGUUACCAAGACCAUGAAAGGGUUUGAAUACGUCCUGGCCAAAAUGCAAGGUGAUACCCCCUCCAGGACCCUGGCUGAGCAUGCUGCAGAGAGGGCCAGGGAGACGGCUCUGGUAGCUAAAGAGAAAGCCAAAGGCCUGGCCUCACAGGCUCACAAGAAACAACAGUAUGUCUGAGCUGCCAGUGUAGGGUGAAGUUUCCCCUGGAUGCUGAUGUGUUUAGGAUUGGCGCAGGCGAAGCUGAUCCUAGAAACUUAAACCCAGAAUGCGAGGUGCCAGUGGGAGGAAGUAGACAUUGGCCACUGUCAGUCCUGCCUUGAUUCAAAGACUUUAUCUGGGAUGGAUUGAGCCUGCCUGGCUGGCACUAUUUGAACCCAGGUCUGGUUGUCCCUACUCAGAUCUGGGAUCAGAUCUUAUUGAGGUAUGGGAAUCUGAUCCUAGAUCUGUGGGUAUGGAUGCAAAAUCCGUUAACCAAAAUUACCAGGUUUUCCAGAAAUUGAAAGAUUAGCCUAAGAAGGAAAUCCGGAAUCCUCCAACCAGGAUUUCUGGAAAACCUGGUCGUUUUGUGAAUGUUUCUGUAAUUGUGACUCUAGGUGUGACAGUGAUCUAGGGGAUGAACCAUUUAGUUAAAGACAAUUUUAUGCAGAAUCUGAUCAAAUGGUGGAGGCCAUAUGGAGGGUGCGACGAGGCUCCGGAGACGUGCAGAGGCCGAAUCAAGCUCCAUACCGCAUCGCUGUGCACCUCUCAAAUGUUGCAACAAUGUGGAGGGCUCCGCAUAGACAUGAUUGGUUGACGGGAGGUCCUGUAUAAACAACCUAACUCCCUCGACAACUUCCUUCACAACAGCUCUGGGAAGCUCCAAAAAGUAUGUUUGCUCUGACUUCGGCAGAGGCUGCAUCACAGUAACGCGCUGUGCUGCCGCGACACAGUAACGCGCUGUGCUGCCGCGACACAGUAACGCGCUGUGCUGCCGCGACACAGUAACGCGCUGUGCUGCU